AUGAGUGCCGAAGACAGGGCUACCGGCGCUGAGCACGUGAUCGGCACCCAUACGGCACCCGAUUGUCAGUCAUUGAUCGCGUCCAUAGUGUGUCCCAAGAGGUCGAUGCCAUCCAACGCCAGACUCCGCUGGAAGAUACUGUCGACCGCUCUGCAGCCCAAGACAUCACCACCGGAUCCGCAGGCGUCGACACCACCGGUCGGCUCCUGUCGACGGUUCGAGUCGUUUGGGUUGAUUGAGUUGCGAACCAAAUGCGGUGAUAAUGAAGACAAUUGUCAGCAGAUCUCAAAGGAGGACCAUUCGAUGUCCACAGACUCUCACCCGAAGAGAUCACUACUCGAUGGCAAGUGGUAUGAGUGCAGGCUUUGGGAUAAUCGCCGGCAAUCGUUUGACAGGACAGUCGUCGACAUCAAGAUCUUAACGGAGAGGAUAGCGAUCCACGAGUUGACGGAUCCCAAGACCGACAACACGGGAAACGUGUGUUUGUGGCCGUCGGAGGAAGUGCUCUCAUACUAUGUCCACGAAAACAGAUCUCUAUUUACGGGUAAACUAGUGGUGGAGUUGGGCGGAGGGAUGACCUGUUUGUCCGGUUUGGCGACCGCUAUCUUCACGGACGCCAAGCAAGUGGUGGUCACGGAUGGCAACCAGAGGUGUGUCUCAAACGUCCAGACAAUUAUCGAUGGGAACAGACAUCGAUUGCGAGCUGCGAUUAAGUGUCGACGACUGGUUUGGGGCGAAGACUCCCAUUUCAAUGAUCUCAGCGGCGGUGUCGACGUUAUUGUCUGCUCUGAUUGUCUGUAUUUCGACGAUAGCCGUCACCUAUUGGUGCAUACAAUCCGUAAACUACUUAAUAGCACCGGCAUUGCCAUUAUUUUAGCCCCGAAAAGGGGUCAAACAUUUGAAAGGUUUGUGCGUUUGGCCGAUGAGUGGUUUGAUUUGCAGAUAAUCGAAGAUUACGACCAAUUGGUCACUGAUUUGCAUCAGAAGUUUGUCUCAAAGGAGACUGAAUCCCACUAUACGCCAGACCUUCACUACCCGGUUAUGAUUCGCAUGACUAACAGAUCUAGUGUUUGA